AAAAAAAAAAAAAAAAAAGGAGUUAUCUUAGAUGUUUUUUUUUUUGUUUAUUUCAAUUACACCCAAAGGGGGGAACCCACACUUUCUCGGCAAUUUUUCUUUUUUUAAAAGGAACCCUCUCCGGCACUUGGGCAGUUUGAGCACCAUCGAAUAGCUUCACCGUCUUUUCGCACACACACUGACAGGAGUAACGUCCAAGAUGGAUGAAUUGAGCAUUGAGUACAAGCUGCAAAUGGAGGAGAAUAAUAUUAUCAAACGAUAGUUUGUUGCACAAGCUUUGCUUGGCUUGAAUGAGACCAGUGUUGUUGCUCUGAAACUAACUUAGAGGCAGUAUUAAACAUAUUUUUCCAUUUGAUGUGGUUUUAAUAAUUUGGAGGAAAUGAUCUUGGAAGGAUUUUGACUAUAGCAUCUUCAGAUUUUGAAAUAUACCUGAGGCCAAAUAAUAUCGUUUCCUCAGUAUAUACUAUGUAUUAAGCUUUUGGAUUUAUCUUGUAUCGUUCUUAGUAUUUGAUUGUAUAUAAUGGAUAUUGUUGAAGACAUCAAAAUGGCCUAUUGACUAAGAAGAUUCUGCAGUCUUUAUAUUGCAGAAGAACUUUGCGUUGUUAAAAAGCAUCACCUGCUUUCAUAUAAUGACGGAAGCCAUUAGCUCUGACAUUAGCUCUGACAAUAGCUCUGAAGUACAUCCUGAUGAGGAAACUAAGCUGAUUUAUCGCUGUAAGAAAUGCCGUCAAAUUGUUGCUUCACAAGAGAGUAUAGUUUCACAUGAGCAAGGUAAGGGAGAGGAAAGCUUUGGAUGGAGAAAAAAGAAGGGUGAGUCCAAUUCAUUGCCUGAAUGCUCUGCCAUAUUUGUCGAGCCUUUGAAGUGGAUGCAAACAGUUCAAGAAGGAUAUGUUUGGGAGAAGCUCUAUUGCAUGGGAUGCAAGUCUCGAUUAGGUUCUUUCAACUGGGCUGGCAUGCAAUGUAGCUGUGGUGCUUGGGUUAAUCCUGCUUUUCAGAUUCUAAAAAGCCGAAUAGAUGAAUGCCGAAUAUGAGUUGUGUUCAUGAACUAUGUAGUUGAUACUUUGAUUUAGUUGAACAUAAUUGCUUUGAAGCAUGUUUUGAUGUGCCUGUUGGAUAUGCUUCGUAUAUAUGUGUAAGGCUUUCACUGAUGCGUUCUGGUGAUAUGAUGUUAAUGCUACCACUACUGUUUCUUAUAUAUUUAUCUUAGUACUAACAACUUUACAA